AUGCGGAUCGAGUUAUUUUCAUCCGUUUGCAUCAUUAUAUUGGACCAGGGACCAGGCUGUUUGUCCGGGAGAGAUGAAAAUUUAAAAGAAAAUCCUCCAUCCACCUUUGUCCUCGACACAAGAAAUUUGCCGAGAGCUUCGAUGCAUUCACCUGAGAAUGUGAAAGCCUUCACAGAAACACGGAGGUCGGAGUUUUUCCUGUCACCGGGCACAAACAAUGCCCUAUUGUGCGAGGUUCCCCGCCCGCUACCGCCCUACGGCUCGGAACUGCUGAGGAAACGAGCGUCUUUUGUUUCCAUACCUUCCCAGACCCGUGCGGAAACGGGAACUUUGAACCCGCGGUCACCUGUGACCCCACACAUGUCAUCUGGACUCACAGACUCAUUACAUUUAGACUCUUAA